UUCUAAUUAACCCACGCCCAAAGCGAAUUUUCUUCCUUCUUUCAGCCGUCAGACUUCACCAGGCCGAUCGAAUAUCCUUUUCACGCCACAUUUCUCCAUCCGAGUAUUCAAAGUCGCGCUUUUCACCCCCCGUCAAAAUCUUCGCGAUAUCGUUCGGAUUCAGGAGGCCAUUCUGUGUUCUCUGUUCAUCGUCCAUCUUGACAUCCGGAAGCAGAGCUUGCAGGUAAUUUGCAAUUUUCAUAAAAUUAGAUGCAAAUGUUUGCUCGAAGGCGGCCUUUAGGCGUUCGUGACGGAUGCUAGACUUGUUGCCAUUGUACUAUUGGUUUCUUCUCUCAAAAUUUAUUCUGCCAGAACCAGUAAAUCACAAGGAGAGUAUCAUCGUAUCUUAAACAACAAUUAGAGGCGGUUAAUUGACAUUUUUCUUCCAUGGGAGAGUGGAUAAUUGGAGCCUUUAUCAACCUUUUUGGAAGUAUUGCCAUCAAUUUUGGGACCAACCUCCUCAAAUUGGGUCAUGACGAGCGAGAAAGACAUUCCGUGCUAGGCGGUGACGGUACAAAUGGAAAGAUUGUAAUGAAGCCCAUUAUACACUUCCAGACUUGGAGAGUUGGUAUACUAUUUUUUGCCGUUGGAAAUUGCCUUAAUUUUGUUUCAUUUGGAUAUGCUGCUCAGUCACUUCUUGCAGCCCUGGGAUCUGUUCAAUUUGUGUCCAACAUCGCAUUUGCAUACUUUGUUUUGAGUAAAACAGUGACCAUCAAGGUACUGGUUGCGACAGCAUUCAUCGUUCUUGGGAACAUUUUUCUUGUUUCUUUUGGAAACCACCAAUCGCCUGUUUACACACCAGAGCAGUUGGCAGAAAAGUACAGCAACAUUAUGUUCCUUCUUUACUGUCUCAUUUUGGUGUUGGUUGUUGCACUGCAUCACUCUGUGUACAGGAGAGGAGAAAUGCUGCUGGCAGUACCUGGACAUGACCUUAAGCCGUACUGGCGCAUGUUGCUUCCUUUUUCCUAUGCCAUUGUAUCUGGUGCGGUGGGAUCAUGCUCAGUGUUGUUUGCUAAAUCCCUCUCUAACCUGCUAAGGUUGUCCAUGUCUAGCAGCUAUCAGCUGCACAGCUGGUUCACAUACUCUAUGCUUCUAUUGUUUCUUAGUACGGCUGGUUUUUGGAUGGCAAGGUUGAAUGAAGGAUUAUCACUCUUUGAUGCAAUACUUAUUGUUCCUAUGUUCCAGAUUGCUUGGACUUUUUUCUCCAUUUGUACAGGAUUUGUAUACUUUCAAGAAUACCAGGUAUUUGGUGCUCUGAGGACAACAAUGUUCAUCGUAGGAAUGAUUUUUGUAUUCAUAGGCAUUUCUCUGCUGGCACCAGAUGAGGCAAAAGGAGGUGAAGUUAAGGAUAGUGCUUUAGUUUCUGUGGCAUCUUCAAGCAUUUCAACUGAUGUAGACAGGCUGGUUGUGUCCUCUGAAGAUACCCAAAUUAAAGACAUUAGAUCACUUGUGCAAGCAAUGCGGGUGAAGGCUGCUGAAGUUGUAGUCAAGGCGAAGGCUGCUUGCUCAUUAUCCUUGGGUUUGGGAGAAAACUCACUUCAUGCAUCUUCAGUUCUGGUGAUGCCCAUGGUUUCAUCUAAGAUGACAGGUUUUAGAGGAACCGGUUUUGAUCGGACUAAGUACUCCUUAAGAAGCUCUGGUUGGACUCAGAUCCCUGGGGAUGAGGACACAGAAAAAAUGCUGGAGACAACUUCAAUGCUCACCCCAAGCAUUCAUUAGGUCUAGGUAACACGUAUGAAAUUUUGCUUCUGAUUACGGCAAAUGAUUCUUGUUGUUCACUACGUAUAAUGAGCAUUUAGAAUAUCUUGCCCUUUCUUUUGUAAUGUAUCUAGUUGUGUAUAUUAUUGUAAUUUGGAAAGUAUUCGAUGUACCAGGCUGUUGUACACCUAGCUCACUUAAUCAAAAAAGAAACCAUAUGAUGCUUCUCUUUCUUCAA